AUGGCUCGAAAUUCGGAAAAGGCCCAGUCUAUGCUCUUCCGCUUCCGUGAAGCGCAAGCAGCAGACUUGGGCAUCAUUGACGCCGGACGAACACGCCGCCCCAAGGUCAUCACCGAAGUCGAUUCGAUCCCAGCAUGCGAGAAAUGGCGCGGCCAAGUCCUCAAGGAGAUCUCGCGCAAGGUUUCCCGGAUUCAGGAGCCUGUGCUGAGCGACUACCAGAUCCGCGACCUCAACGAUGAAAUCAACAAGUUGAUGCGCGAGAAGCACAUGUGGGAGGUGCAGAUACGGAAUCUAGGCGGGCCAAACUAUAUGAGAGGAGGAGGGAAGAUUUACGACGAGCAGGGCAGAGAAAUACCCGGUGGAGGGAAAGGCUACAAAUACUUUGGGCGAGCGAAAGAGCUGCCGGGAGUUAAAGAGCUCUUCGAGGCCGCCCAAUCCAAGAAGAAGGAGGACAAACCACUAGAGACGAGCAGAGACUUGAGGAAAAACGUGGAUGCGGCGUAUUACGGCUAUGCUCCGAACGAAGAGGACGACGCGCUGCUACAGUACGAAGCCGAGAAAGAGAGAGAAGCAUUGGCAAAUCUCCUGGCGACGGGAUCACAGGGAGCGCCAGACGGUUGGGAACCUUUACCUGGAGACAGCGGUGAUGGCCAUGGCUGGGCACUGCCUACGCUGGAGGAAGUUCAGAUGGAGCUUCUUGAGAGGAGAAGACGGAAGCUACUUGAUCAGUUAUAA